AUGGCACCGCCGCUGCUCUGCGCCCUGGCGCUGCUCCUCGCCACCGGCACCGGGGCGCGCGGACACCACGCAGGUGACAGCGGCGCGUGGCYCCAUGCAGAGCAGGGACACUCCUGGCACGUGACGCCGUGGGUCCUGCAGGGCGCCCGGACCCUGAGCCUGGCAGAGGCUGUGCAGGGCGGGUUCCCCCCCGCGCUGCUGCUGGCCCUGGAGCUGGAGGGAUCGCGGCUGGUGCUGGAGCUGGAGCAGAACUGGGAGCUGGGCACCGCUGCGCUGCUCUACUACGGGCCGGCCGGCACGCGGCUGGCGCAGGAGGCCAGCGAGCAGGAUCAUUGCUGCUACCGCGGGAGCGCGCGGGGCUUCCCCGGCUCCCGCGCCGCCCUCUGCGCCUGCGCCGGCCUCAGUGGCCACCUCCAGCUGUCGGAGAACAGGAGCUACGGGCUGGAGCCGGCCCCCGGCGGCCCCCCCGGGCGGCACCUCGCGCACCGCUCGCCCCGGCACGGCCGCUUGGCGCCGCGCGCCUGCGGCCUGGUGCCCACAGCCGGCGCGGAGCCGGAGCCGGAGCCGCCGCAGCGGGGCAAGCGGGCGGCCGAGGAGCAGCGCUUCGUGGAGCUGGUGAUAGUGGUGGACCACGCCGCGUGGCAGAACUACCGUGACCUGCGGCGUGUCCGCAUCCGCAUGCUGGAGAUCGCCAACCAGGUGGACGCGUUCUUCCAGCCGCUGGGGGUGCGCGUGGCGCUGCUGRCCGUGGAGGUGUGGAGCCAGGGCGACCUGGUGCGCGUGGGCAGCAGCGGGCGCGCGGCGCUCGAGCGCUUCCUGCGCUGGCGCCACCGCGACCUGCUGCCGCGGCUGCCCCAUGACAACGCGCAGCUGCUCACGGGCUCCCGCUUCGAGGACGUGGCCGUGGGCAUGUCGGCGCAGGCCUCCAUGUGCUCGCCAGAGCGCUCCGGGGGGGUCAGCAUGGACCACUCGGUCAGUGUCCUGGUGGUGGCCUCCACGGUGGCGCACCAGCUGGGCCACAACCUGGGCAUGAGCCACGACAGCGCCGGGCGCCGCUGCCAGUGCCGCAGCGUCUACCAGGACCGCAGCUGCAUCAUGGACUCGCCCACGGGGUUCCUGCCCGGCUUCAGCUUCAGCAACUGCAGCCGGCAGGACCUGGAGCGCAGCCUGCGCCAGGGCCGCGGCUGGUGCCUCUCCAACGUGCCCGAGCUCCCGCGCCUGGUGAACAUCUCGCUCUGUGGCAACGGCUUCGUGGAGGCCGGCGAGGGCUGCGACUGCGGCCUCAGGCUGGACUGCGCCGACCCCUGCUGCAACAGCAGCUCCUGCCAGCUGCUGCCCGGAGCCCAGUGCGCCACGGGGGACGCGUGCUGCCACGACUGCCAGCUGCGCGGCGCCGGGUCCCCGUGCCGCGCGGCGCGGGGCGAGUGCGACCUGCCCGAGUUCUGCGACGGGCGCUCCGCGCGCUGCCCGCCCGACACCUUCCUGCAGGACGGGCAGCCGUGCGGCAGCGGGCGUGCGCGCUGCGCAUCCGGCACCUGCGCCAGCCUCGAGGGACAGUGCCAGCAGCUGCUGGGCGCAGGCGCUGGCCCCGUCUCCAGCUCCUGCAUGGCCGCCCUGAACAGCCGCGGCGAUGAGCGCGGGCACUGCGGGCAGCUCCCCAACGGCUCCUACGUGGCGUGCGCGCAGGGGGACGCCGGCUGCGGGCGGCUGCAGUGCCAGCGCAGUGACAGUGACAGGGCGCCUGGCACCUGCCUGGGGACCCCGGUGCCCGCUGGCGAUGAUGUGAGCAUUGCCACGGCCAUGGUGCUGCCUGGCACCGCAUGCGGCCCCGGCAAGGUGUGCCUGCAGCACCGGUGCCAGGACGCCGCGGCGCUGGACACGGAGCAGUGCCACAACAAGUGCCACGGCCAUGGGGUCUGCAACAACCUCGGGCACUGCCACUGCGAGCGCGGCUGGGCACCCCCGAGCUGCGCCAGCCCCGGCGCCGGCGGCAGCGAGGACAGCGGCCCCGCGGCGCCGGAGCCAGGGGGCAGCGCGCUGCCCGCCGGGCUGCUGCUGGGCGCCCUGCUGCUGCUCGCGCUGCUGCUCGCCCUGUGCUGCCUGCGCCGCGCCGGCCUCCACAAGCGCCUCUGCCAGCUCGGCAAGGGCACCUCGUGCCAGUACCGUGCUGUGCCCCGCGUGCGCUUCCUGGGUGCGGAAGGCGCAGGCGGCYGGAGCGGGAUCACGCAGACAGAGCCGCCGCCGGCCCCGCGGGGCCCCCCCGAGCGGCCCCGGCCACCACGGUGGCCUCAGGGCACCGAGCUCCAGGUCAUGCACAGCAGCAAGCCACCCGCCCCGGCCUCCUACAGGCCCCAUCCGCCCUCCCGGCCUCUCCCGCCGGACCCUCUUCCCGCGAGCUCCCAGGCGGCCCCCGCGGCCCGGCCGCCCCCCCCAGCGCGCCCGCUGCCCGCGGACCCGGUGCUGCGCGGCGCCCAGCCUCCCGGGCCAGAAAAGCCCCCGCCGCCGCGCCGGCCGCUGCCCUCGGACCCUCUGCCCCCUGCCCAAGCCGCGGUGGUUCCUUCCAGGCCGGCCCCGCCGCCGCCCGCAGGCCCCCCCUCCGCACCCUAG